CUCACGCGCAGCUCAGCGGUCGCGUGGGCUUCGCUGCGUGCGGUGGAGGUGGUGGGGGGUGGACUUUUUCCGAGUCUUGUCAACUCUCCUCUCCGAUAUAAACGGGCAGCCGAGUGCGUGUAAGCUGCUUACGGCGAGUUGGCUUCGUCACCCACGCAGGAUUGCAUUUCAUAAGAACAAAUACUCUUCUACGGUACUUGCGAUUACUUUGAAGGUUGUGCAAACAACAACAACAACUUUGACAAGCUCCACUGCUGGGCUGUCUGGCGUGUUGAAGACAUCUCGACUGGGCGCUCUCUCCCUGGCUCCCCUCUGCCCGGCGCUGUGGCACAGCAGUGGACACAAUGACCCCUCCACCACUCCUGCUGCUGCUGCUGUUGGGCAUUAGUUGCCUGUGGACACUGCCGACCAAUGGACAGCACCAAAGCAUAAGCAGGUACCGCCAGUACCACCAGCUGAUCGUGGGGCCCCGUGCUCCCUACGGGAUCCCGGCCGGCAGCCACCCCGGGGUUUGCCGCUUCGGCACGCGCCUCGACUGCUGCUACGGUUGGCACUGGACCGAGAGGGGCACCUGCCAGCCGAUCUGCGAGCUGGGAUGCAAGCACGGAGAGUGCGUGGGGCCCAGCAAGUGCAAGUGCCAGCCGGGCUUCACCGGCAAAACCUGCAACCAGGACUUCAACGAGUGCGGCCUGAAGCCCCGGCCGUGCCAGCACCGCUGCAUGAACACGUACGGGAGCUACCGCUGCUACUGCCUCAACGGCUACAUGCUCGCCCACGACGGCAGCUGCACCAACAUGCGCACGUGCGGCAUGGCCGGCUGUCAGCACGGCUGCGAGGAGACGGGCGGGGAGGUGCGCUGCCUGUGUCCCUCCACCGGCCUGCAGCUGGGACCUGACGGACGCACCUGCAUAGACGUGGACGAGUGCAAGGCGGGCAAGGCCGUGUGCCCGCGUCACAAGAAGUGCGUCAACACCUUCGGCAGCUACCUCUGCAAGUGCAUCGACGGCUACGACCUCAACUACCACAGCGGCAAGUACCAGUGCAAAGACACGGACGAGUGCAAGCUGGGCAAGCACAGGUGCCACGCCAACGCCGUGUGCUACAACACGCCCGGCUCCUACCGCUGCAAGUGCAAGCCGGGCUUCCGUGGCAGCGGCUCCGACUGCACACCGGUGCCAGAAAUCCCCAACGUCGCCUCGCCCGUCUUCCUGGGCGGGGGCGGCAGCCGCCACUACCUGCGCAACCUGGUGACCGGGCGGCACAGCGUCGUCCGGCCGCACCGCAAGGAGCUCAGGAACGAGAUCCCCACGCCGCCGGCCCCGGCGGCACCCGCGCGCACCCCGGCCCGCACCGAGCGGCGGCCCGGCCUCCAGCCCUUCGACUACGACGAGAGCGGAGCGUUCAUCGGCGCGCCACGAAAGCUGGAGGGGCCCGCCGGCCGCAAGGGCCUCAAGAAGGAGAGCAACGCGGUCGGGGGGACCACGGCCCUGGGAGGAGGAGCGACGGUCACGGAAGGAGCGGGGACCGCCGGUGGGAGCGUGGGAGGUGGGGGGAGCGCAGGCGGCGGUGGGACGGGAGGCGGUGGUGGGAGUCCCGGAGGUGGUGGGGGGAGUCCCGGAGGUGGUAGGGGGAGUGCAGGAGAUGGGGGGAGUGCAGGAGCCGCUGGGACGGGAGAAGCCGGUGGGACGGGAGGAUCCGCUGGGACGGCAGGGCCCGGUGUUGCGGCCGGAGCGGGAGCUGUGGGGCUGACCCCCCGGCCGGAGGGCGGAGACGACGUCCACGCGAGCAACAGCAUCGACCCCGAACCUCAGAAGCCUCGCGGAGACAUCUUUGUGCAAUCUGGGAAGGAAACCUUUCAGGGCGCCAUCUCAAUCGACUGGGGCAGCAGCGCGGACAGAGAGAAUUUCUACAGGAACUGCGCCUUUGGGCAAGGAACCUGCGAGUGGAUGCAGGACGCUGAAGACGACUUUGACUGGAAAUUCCUGGAAUCGCCCGAUGGCCGCGAGCGCUACAUGACGGUGCCGGCCACCUCGAGCCGCCGCCGCGAGAUCGGCCGACUGAGCCUCUCCCUGUCCAGCCCCGUGCCGCAGGGCGACUUCUGCGUGUCGUUCCGCUACCGCGUGGCGGGCGAGCACCCGGGGAAGCUGCGGGUGAUGCUGCAGAGGGGCGGCCGCGUGGGGCCGCCCGUGUGGGAGUGGUGGGGCGCCGCCACGGGCCAGUGGCGGCACUCGGGGCUCACGUUACUGCCCACGGCGCUGGAGAGCAUUGUCUUCGAAGCCGAGAGAGGGAAGGGGAGGAAUGGAGAGAUCAGCCUGGGCGACGUGAUGCUCAAGUCCGGACCCUGCCCCGAAGAACUCAUGGAAGAUUAGUGGAGGGCGGCGAUCCGGCGUGCGUGCACGCGCACGCACACGCACGCACACACCAACACACACACGUGCGCAUAGGCGCACGCACAAACAUGCACGCACACGCACACACCCACAUCUGCGUGCGUCGGACUUGCAGCGUGUAUAUACACCGGGUGUGAUUCUACACUGGCAUAAAGACAAACCAGAAAUGCAUUUCAAAAGCAGUUCCUGUGGUAGCUUUCAUUCUGCCACUUUACCCUCCCAGUCCAUAAUUCUCAUUGCACUUUCGGCCAACCGCUAUUUAAAUACAUAUACGUAACAGUGAGUGUCUUUAUUCAUGCCUUAGCCCUUAAUAUUAUUAUUGUUGUUGUUAUGGGAGACACACGACAAUUUACCAGUGCUCCAGUACAGAUCUAUGUAUGGGCACACCUUGAAGAUAAUUUCAUGUUGUACAUGUAGUAGGAUUUUAUUUAGUUGAAACCAUUAACUCAUUUAGCUUGCUAUUAUUGCAUUAAUCUCGACGGUGGAUGGAUACGGAUGGAAUUGGAGCAGUACGACAGAAAUGCCCCUUGAGAAGAACGGUGCACUCUACGAUCAGGGGAUCACAAUUGUUGCCCCAAUUAAAGGAACUGUGGGGUGCAUAGAUUUGUGGUGAGAUUUGCGGGGGCAGUCCCGUGUCUUUUCAAAAUGGGCAUUUUUCAGUAAACUCUGCCAUCUCUCUGGAUUGUCCAAUUCAGUAGUUAUCCUCGAUUUUUAUUUUAUUUCGUAACAUGUUUAAGAGGAGGCUUGCAAAUGGUGAAUCGGCGCAGAUGUUUUUUUAAAAUUAUAAAUUAUUCCAUCUUCUUCCAAGUGAUAGCUCACCAUUCAAAUUUGGAAAGACAAACGUUGCGUUGAAAAGAUCACAGUUUCAUGGAAAGGCUAGUCCACUGAAGCAUUUAAAUAUGCACUAUGCUUUUAUUUCAUUCUAUUACAGAGACCGCUGGCUGUAAGGUUAUCAUUUGACAAUUAAAAUCUUUAAAUGAGCUGUGAUGAGCAUCAGGAGUUCCCACUGUGCUUAUUGAAGCAACUGUCAGUGCUGUGGUACUGCUACUUGCGAUACACUCAACCUCACGGUACACCGGGACAGUUUUAGUUCAAGUCGUCGCUGGCAAUGCUGGGUGCUCCAUUUCCGAGUGUAAACAUGUAGUUGCUCGUGUCUGGACAGAUCUGAUCACUGCUGUCCCCAUGAGCAAGCUUGAUGUGAACUUCAAAUCUGUUUGCAGUGAGCAUAGGUCACGAGAACUCCCAAAGUGGUGGGCUCUGUAAACCAAAUCAUUGUUCAUCAAAUCUGCUUUUCAGCUGUUUUAAUCGAUUAGACACACAUACCAGGUUGCUCAAAGCGAACGUGUAGUUUGUGACAAUUGACAUCAACGAUUGUGAUAAUAUUGACCCGGUGUGUCAUGUUUUCUAUCGCCACAGUACUUCAAUUUGUUAAUGAACAAAGUCGUUCAAAGUUAAAAAUUUGUAGCUCUUAUUGUGUCCUACAUAUUUGUGUGUUUUUUUAAACAAGUUAUAUCGUUGCAUACAUUGUAUUAUUGCAUUAGUGUGUUAGUAACGUUUCGAUUCAGACACAUUUACGUGUGGAUAUUGUAUAUUUACUUUACAUUAUGCCUGUUUAAACCUGGGCUCUACAUAAAUCAUGACAACAACAACUUUAAAGGGUGCUAUUUCCGAAUACUUUGUGAGAUUCAUGCAUACAUACUAUAAAUAACUGCCGAGCAUAACAUACCACGUUUUUUUAUCCUACCUUCAAAGUCUGCUUGAACUUCUUAGAUAUUUCAUCUGCGGUUACAAAGUAGAUUAAAUAUUCCUAAAAUGUUGAGAGAACAUUUCUAACUGUUUGUUCUAUUUUUCUUCAACAAUUUUUAUUUGUUAACACAAGAGCCACACUUUAGAAUUGUUGCCACAUUGGUUAAUGCACGGCCGUUAUUAACCCACCGAAUUUGAGUUUUAUUCCUGACUUGGGCAAACAUCGGUGGACGUUGAUAAAUUGCAUCAGUAUUGGCUCCCCCAUUCACCAGUGUGCACUGACCAUUGCGGUGAAGUAUGGUCAAAACAACCUCCACGGACAACACAGUGUGGGGGGGGGAGGUCUUCAUCCAGAAAUGGAUUGCCAAUGGGCUAUGAAUUGUUACGCGCAGUGGGAUAGAAUUAGACCGACUUAAACAUGUCAUGCGAAAUAAAACAGCGCUUCGAUUCUCUUCUCGUCUCGUGCCAUCACAGUCGCGCUUUGGGUAUUUUUGUUUUAUCCUGUGACGGGCACUUGAUUUUAAUUAAGAAUAUUUGUCAGAAGUUAAAUUCGAAUUUAAUGUGGUAGUUUUACUUUUAAGUUCGUUUAAUUCUCACAAACACUGACAUUCUAAAGAGGUUAUGCGUCAUUGUUUUUCCAGCGUGUUUCCCAGUAGCUUACUGACACUUUCUGUGGUCAUUCACAAUGUUUAUGGUGUGUCUCAAUCGGCAAAGUGACCCACAAGCCCAUGGUGCCCUUUUAUGUAAACUAACAUUAUUUUAAAGACAAUUUGAGGGUAGCACACAUAUCCAAUUAGCUGUAAGACUUGUGUUUAUAAUUUUAAAAUAUUUGUGUACUCCUUAGCUUCCAACUGUGUUUUUCUAUUUCUAUAUCAACUGCUUAUCAGUAAACUAUUUUAUUCUGCCUAUAACAUUUGUGUUCAUACCAAUGAAUGAUCAAUUUAGAAUACCUUUUCCUGAAUUUACUAGUUAUUUCAACAAUUGCUCUUUGGCUUCGAUGCUGUCUUGCAGCUCAUUGCAUUUUACGUCUCCUCGCUGGUUUAUAAACUUGUACAGAUCA